UGGCCGGAAAGGAAAUAUAGCGUCGUGCAGAGGAAGGAAAUGAACUUGCCCUUUCCUGGCCCUUUUUUAGGGCCUCUUGAGAGACCGGCCUGAUCUCACAUAGUGAUAUAAGGAAGAUUCUCAGAGUUCUAAAACCCUGGAUAGGAAAUAUACUCCAGCUACUUUCAAAGGCAACUCUUUAGACCUCUUGAGAAGCUAUUCAAAAGCACUCAACAACGAUUGCCUGCAUUUAGCUUGGAUAAUUGGGCUCAUCGACUGUCUCAUUUCCCACAAUAUUCUAUACUCGUCCUGUUUGGGUAAAAAAUGAAUCGAAAGUUAGGGCACAAAUAGUAGAUCUCCUUAUACCUCUAAUCUUCAUCUUCUCAUAGCCUGAAGUUAUUGAUAGUUGGUUGCCUCGCCAAAUUUUCUGGUGUGGAUAAGAGUUGCAUACAAAGAUAUGGCAGUACUAGUAUAUAUAAUCGUAUCCUUUUAAUCUUCUUAUUCUCAUAUUCUGAUGUUAUUAAUAGACUUACUGAUGGCAACCUCUUGUCCUAUAUGAAUCAAUUGGAACUGGGAUACUUCUCUAAACUUCAGUAUGUGUGUUAUUUGCCAUCUUUGCCAAAUGUUUUGUUUCAAUGUUUUUUCUUUGUUUUCGGCAUGUAGAGGAAGACUGGAUCGAUGACUCAUUGUAAAAGGGAUAACGUAAAAAAUAAUUUUUGGGAUACGCUUCACCAGAUAUUUUCACCAGCAAAUUUCAUUUUCCAUUUUGUUCACAGCCGAUAUCUUUGAAAAAAAAAAAAAAAACUGCACAGACGAUGAAUGUGAACAUACAUAUGAAUCUCCAUUAUUUCAAUGUGAUCACAAUUUGUUUUGAAUUUGUUUCUUGUGUUAAAUAUAUUUGGAACACCAAAAAUACCUAUGUUUGGCAAAAAGGCUGCCAGCCAGCCACAGCAGUCAGUAGAAAACAAAAAGUGAACAAAGAGCUUUGAAGAAAGAAUGUUUCUGAAAUCCAUGAAAUAAGAAAAGAAGAAGAAGAAGAAAAUUUGAAAUAAAAAGAAGUUUAACAACAGCAUACGAUAGUAGAUUAUAAUAAAAUAAAAAUUAAAAUAAACAACAAAAGUGAUUCAAGUGAAAAGUAACAACCACAACAACAACAAUAAUAUCUACUAAAUAAAAAAAUAAAUUUUCCCCUCAAUACGAUUUUUUGUGCAACAAAAGUAAAUUGUUUAACAAAUAAAAUUAAAGAAAAUGAAUAAAGAUGAUCAAAACAAAAACCUGAAUAAAACAACGGCUGGGACGAAUUCGAAUAAAAACAGCAAAUCAUCAGCAGCAGCAGCAGAAAGCAACCAACAGCACUCCAAAUCCAACAAAAAUAAGAAAAACAAUAACAACAACAAUAAUAAUAAUAAUAGUUUAAAAUUGGCCGCAGCUACAGCCGUAGCUGCCACAAUAGCCACAAUUGCUACCAACAAUAACAACAACAAUAGUCAACAAACGCCUGCCGCCACCGCUGUUGGCAAUAGCAGCAAAAAGUCCUCACGCCAGGGCAAUGCUACUAACAAUACAACAGCACCAGCAGCAGGUCGUCAAAAUUCCUCCGCCUCCGCCUCCAACAACACCACCACCUCUGCCACUGAAACAAUAACACCCGCGACAACAACCUCCAACGAUUUAUUGUUGGACAACAACAACGGUGGGGUGGCAACAACAACAGCUGCUGCUGCUGCUGCCAGAUUGAAAAAUACUAACAACAACAACACCAAUUCAAAAAUCAAACUAAAAGUUACCAUCAAUAACACCAAUUCCAACACCUCAUCCGCCGCGUCAUCAGCUGCUGCCUCAACAGCCACAACAGCAAAUCCUGCCGGAGUCAGCAACACUGCCCAUGGCAAUAAAAUGUCAAAAACAGCAAAUUCCAAUUCAACCAAUGCUGGCGCUGGCAAUUCCUGCACCUCCUCUGCAGCUGCACCAUCAUCUGCAUCAACAACCACAACAACAACACCAACAUCAAUAGAUGUUGACUUGGGAGCCUUAAAUACAGUACCGCCCUCUCCAGCCAUUACAUCGACGGCAACCGGUACUGUACCCACAAUUACCUCAAGCAAAUCAUCAGCAUCUGCAUCCUCAAAUAGCGCCAAUCAAUCUUCCCGUUUGAAGAAAACCUUAGCAUUACAGCAACAGGCUGCUGCCGUAUCCAGCGGCGGUAAAUCAUCAGCGUUAUCCUCAUCUGCCUCAUCAUCGGCGGCGGCGAAGGCCGGUGGAUCGUCAUCGACGUCGUCAAAAGAUCCCCAUUUAAAAUUUACCUCUGCGUUACCGUUGCUGGUUAGUAAGGCAGCAGCCGCGAAAGGAGCUGGUGCUGCAGCAAUAAAGCAAACACUAAAAAGUGUCGCAGCUGGAUCGUCGGUUGCUGCCACUGCUGCUGCCAACUCAAAUUCCCGCUCAAAUUCCACCUCGACAUCUUCGAAUUCAUCAUCGCUGUCAUCGGUGGGCAUUGUAAAUGCCAUAUCGACUGCUUUGCAGAAUUACAUGACCAGCGAUAAUUCGGACACCGACACGGAGCUAUAUCCGCCGCCUGUUACGGAUCUAUCCGAAUCCGACGAGGAAUCGGUGUCAGAGAUCCUUUUGGCAUGCUUGUGUCUAAGGCCAGAUUUAUUGGAUGAUAUUCCUGAAUCAGAUCCCGAUUCCUGUGGUCAUGAUGCCGAAGGUCAUGAUGAGGAAGACGAUGGCGACGACGAGGAUGAAGAUGAGGAAGACGGCGAAGACGAAGAGGAUGAUGAUGAAGAAAAUGAGGACGACGACGAAGACGAUGAUGACGACGAUGAGGAUGAAGAGGAGGAAAUCGACGACGAAGAUGAGGACGAAGAAAUUCAAGAUCCCAAUGAAGUUAGCGGUGAUUUUCUGCUCGAUACAACCAUUGAUCGUAAUCGUAAUUUGAAUGUCCUCUUUGAAGCUGCCGCAAACGACAAAGCUCCCGUUUUACGCCAUGCCACCCAUGCAAUCGACGAAACAAAACAGGCUUUAACAAAAAUGCGAGGAGCCAGCAGUGAUAAGACCAUGUUCUCCCGCACUCUGAUCGCCGCCUGUAACGAUAACGAUGUCAACACUGUACGCAGUUUACUUGGCAAGGGGAAUGUUAAUAUUAACGAAUCAACCGAUGAUGGUGAAUCCUUGCUUUCGAUGGCCUGCUCUGCCGGUUACUAUGAAUUGGCACAGGUUCUUUUGGCCAUGUCUGCAGCACAAGUCGAAGACAAGGGCCAGAAAGAUUGUACUCCUUUAAUGGAGGCUGCCUCUGCUGGUCAUUUGGAGAUUGUUAAACUUUUGCUCAGUCACAAUGCCGAUGUAAAUGCUCAUUGUGCUACUGGCAAUACCCCGCUUAUGUUUGCCUGCGCUGGCGGUCAUGUUGAAGUUGUAAAAGAACUGCUGAAACAUGGCGCAAAUGUUGAGGAACAAAACGAAAAUGGUCAUACACCCUUGAUGGAGGCAGCUUCUGCCGGACAUGUUGAAGUGGCCAAGGUUUUGUUGGAACAUGGUGCCGGCAUCAAUACCCAUUCAAAUGAAUUCAAAGAGAGUGCCCUGACACUGGCCUGCUACAAAGGUCAUUUGAAUAUGGUACGAUUUUUACUACAGGCUGGCGCCGAUCAAGAACAUAAAACCGAUGAAAUGCAUACUGCCUUAAUGGAAGCUUCUAUGGAUGGUCAUGUGGAGGUGGCACGUCUUCUCUUGGAUUCCGGAGCUCAAGUUAAUAUGCCAACAGACUCGUUUGAAUCGCCUCUGACAUUGGCAGCAUGUGGUGGUCAUGUUGAACUUGCCACUCUGUUAAUUGAGCGUGGAGCCAAUAUUGAAGAGGUCAACGAUGAAGGUUAUACACCCCUGAUGGAGGCGGCAAGAGAAGGCCAUGAGGAAAUGGUAGCUUUGUUAUUGAGCAAGGGUGCCAAUAUUAAUGCUACCACCGAAGAGACCCAGGAGACAGCUUUGACAUUAGCCUGCUGUGGUGGUUUCAGUGAAGUUGCCGAGUAUUUGAUAAAACAUGGAGCCAAUCUUGAAUUGGGAGCAUCUACACCACUAAUGGAAGCUGCCCAAGAAGGUCACACUGAUUUGGUACGCUUCUUGCUGGAAAAUAAGGCCAAUGUUCAUGCCGAGACACAGACUGGGGAUACGGCCUUAACCCAUGCCUGUGAGAAUGGUCACACAGAUGCCGCCGAAGUUUUACUCAGCUAUGGCGCCGAACUGGAACACGAGUCUGAGGGCGGCCGUACUCCCCUAAUGAAGGCCUGCCGAGCCGGGCAUUUGUGUACCGUGAAAUUCCUCAUCUCCAAGGGAGCCGAUGUCAACAAACAAACCAGCAGCAACGAUCACACACCCUUGUCAUUGGCUUGUGCCGGCGGCCAUCAAGCUGUGGUCGAGUAUUUACUGAAAAGUGGCGCUGAUCCCUUCCACAAAUUGAAGGAUAACAGUACAAUGCUAAUAGAAGCCUCCAAAGGUGGACAUACUCGCGUUGUGGAACUGCUGUUCAAAUACCCUCACUUUAUACAAAACCAUCAGAAUGAUUUGCAGUCGGCAGCAGCAGCUGCUGCGGCGGCCAAUGCUGCCGCCGCUGUGGGUAUAAACAACACCACAACAAAUGCAGCAGCAGCAAAUCCAUUGCAUCUGAUCAAUUUGCAGCAACAAAAGCAGCUUCAUCAGCAACACAAACAGUUGCAGCAGCAAUUGCAGCUGCAACUGCAACAACUAAGUGCACCACCCAGCAUUCACGAUGUUUCGGAGGCAGUUAGGACAUCUAAUCCAUUGUUCCAUCAGCAGGCUUACAACAAUGCUGGUAGCGUCACUGGUGCAGCCGAAUAUCUGGAAGAUCAAACGCAAAUGAUUACGGCGCCACCAACCUCUGCUGCGGUUACAGCAACAACUGGAACAGCGACGGCCAACGAUGUCAACCAAGUGGCUGCAACUUGCAAUGAAGAGUAUGCAGCAAUUGAUAUAAAUUCAUUGAGUGCCCAACAGCAGGAAGCCCUCAUAGCGAAAUCACGACUCUUUCAUUUACAAGCUGGAUUUGGUAAUGUAGGAACGGUCGCCACAACUGGUGGUAGUAAUGUGGCAACAGCAGUCGCAAAUAACGAUGUUGCUCAGCAAACAGCCAACCAGCAACAAUUACAACAAAGGAAACAUUUCGAUUUGGAUAUGUCCCAUAUAAUGCCUUUAACACCGCCACAAAAGCAACCACCAGCUCCACCCGUACUGCAGCAAACAUCGCAGCAGACAACCGCGGUGCAACAGCAUAAUAACAACCAUUCCACCGGUCAACAGCAAGCAACCACUCAGCAGCAGCAGCAGCAAAGCAAGCUUAAAGGAAAUCAGCGUAAGAACCGUCUACAGCCACCCCAGCCCUUUGAAGUUGAUCUACCAACAGCAAACACUGCCGCCAACACUACCACCAACACUACUUCAACUACUAACAACUGUGAACAGCAGCAGCAGCAGCUUCAACAACAGCAAAUGCAAGAUGUUGAACGUUCCCAGCCUUUGGGUGAUGAUGGCUUGGGCAAUAAAUCGCAACAGCCACAAUUACCAACAACAGCUCAGCAACAGCAGCAGCAACAACAAUUGCAAUUUCCUUGUUUCAAUGAUGAGGCUCGUUUUCUUAGACGUCGUGUUCUUAGACAGGAUCUGAAUAAGAUGUCUAAUGACCAGAAAAAUUUGGCCGCCACUUUGUUGCCGGCCACAUAUUUGGAAAUGGCUGGUCCUGGUGUUAAUAGUUCGGGUCAAAAUGUAGGUGAUGGCGCCGAUGCCAUGGCAUUGAAUCAAAAUUUGCUGGCAGUUGCUCCAGGCACACUGGGCGAUGGCUCCGAAAUGCAACCGGUUAUUAUAGCAAGUCCAGAGCCUUUGAAUUUUGCACCGAAUCAAGCUUUAAUGAUGCAAGAGCUGUUUGAUCCCAACAAUCCUCAGACACCUUUGACAUUGGCCACAACAUUGCCACAGGGCACGCAGUUUGUCUUGGGACCGGCUCCAACACCUCAGCAGCAACAACAACAACAGCAGCAGCAAGCAUUACAGCAACAACAACAUUCGGUACAGCAAAUGCAACAGCAGCAGCAGCAGCAACGCAUUGUGGCCGGAAAGGCGACGCAAAAAACUGGAGGUAUUACCACGCCAUCCGAGGUAUCGCAAAGCACAGCUAUUAGUGACAGACCCAAGGCUAAGCCAGUGUCGAAAAAGGAUGGUAAAAUGUUGCGUAAAACCUGUACUCAGUCCACAGUGGUGCCCAGUUCCGUUGCCACCAGCUCAGCAACAAGUACAGCCAUUCAUCAGGCCCAACAACAACAGCCACUAUUUAGACAAAAUCAAAUGGUAUCCAUCUACAAUAACUUGCCCAUGUUAAUAACGAACGAAUCGACUCCAAGCAUACAAACCCAGCAUGCCAUCAUGAAUCAUAUGGUUUUUGCUGCCCAACAACAUCAGCAACAGCAGCAGCAGCAACAACAACAACAAUCUCAAAUAUCUUUGGAUGUUUCUCAGCAAGGUGUCAUUGCUUUAAGCAAUUCGCCAGCUUCACCCUUAGCUUCGCCUUCUUCAGGUUCGGUGGCCUUGUAUAAUCCCCAGCAGCAACAGUUGCAACAAUUUAUGGAACUCCAAUCGGCUGAACAACAAGCUCAAAAUCAUCAAAUUCUCCAACAGCAGGCAGAUAAUGACCAAACUGCCCAAGGAUUUCAAGAUGCCCUGGAUGCGGCCUUAUCCGAUUCCAAGUUAGCCGUAACGGAAUCCUUGAAUGCCUUGAGUAAAGCUGAAGCUGUUGCCAAGGCAUGUGGUCUUAAUCAGGCCGAGCAGCAAGAGUGUUUGAAGAAAUUGCAGGAGGGAUGGCAAAUUGUUGAUUUGCGUCAGCGCAUAUUCCAUAAACAACCAAAGUCGCCCACAGAAACGCCACCAGAUAAACAGCAACUAAUGGAAAUUGGUGGUGGAGGCAGCAUGGAAGCAGGCAGCGCCUUGGAAGCCCAUGAAAUGGGGGAGACCAGUAAUGAGAUGAAAAAUUUGACAACUCUUUGUACAGCAGCAGCCCAGGUAGCUGCUGUUAAUGUUGACCAACAACAACAACAACAACAGCAAAUGGAGGCAACAGUGAAAGAGGAGCAGUCCAACUCUACCGGUCAGACUCAAACGAAAAAACAGCGCAAACUAUCAAAGAAAGAAAAAUUGGCUCAACAGGAAGCGGCAAAUGCUGCAGCGGCUGCCGCUGCCGCUGCAGCCGUAACGGCAAAUGAGCAACAACAGUCGAAUUCGGAAAGACGCAGCUCAUUCGACGAUCAUUCCUUAGCAUCAGAAGAAUGUCUACCCGAGGAUGAGACCAACUCUGAUGUCGAACAACAACAACAUUUGUCCGAGGAUAUGAAAGUUGCAGCAGCUUUACAAGAAUACAAUAACGCCGAUGCUGGGGGCGACAAUUCCAAGUCUCCCUCAAAGUCCAUCAAACCAAUUUCUCAACGUUUGGAAAAUCUCAUCCUAUCGAAUACGACCCUUAAACCGGGGGAUUUAUCACAAGCCUUUACCGAUCUGCGUCAAGAAAUUGGUGCCGGUGCAACGGCAUCGGGUAAUGAUGUUCUUGCCGUUUUUCCACAGUACAUGAAUUUGAAAUUUUCCGGCAAUACCGCCUUGAGAAACGCCUGGCAGCAACAGCAAAUACGUGAUGUGACAGCCACUCAGGAUGAUAGCAACGCAGAUAUGUUGCAAGUGAAUGAGGCCAGCGGAGACAUGGAAUCUAAUUCCGGUCAAAGUGGUGGCGGUGGCGAACUGGUUUACUCCUCGGCCAUGGACGCCGAGACAUUAGAACAAUUUGCAAAUUCCGCUGCCAAUAUGAGUGUGUCAAAUGGCCAGGAUCAUCAGAAUCAUCAAGUCGUGGGCGGCAAUGAGGAUCAGCAGCAAGUCGAAGAGGGUAUGCGUGAUGAAAUGUAUGACAUUGAAGUGGAAAUGGAUGAAUUCCUCCAUGUCAUACAUAAUGUUCAUGACCCAGCAUUACAGGAAUUUGCCAGCAAUUUGAACUGUGGUGAAUUAACCGAUUUUGGCAUAAAUUCCAUAUGCAAGACUCGCUGGAAUGGCAAUUGGGCUCUGACACCCAAAUGGACUAGUCAAGAUCAUUUGAUAAGUGCAGCAGCUGCUGCCCAUCACCAGCAGCAACAGCAGCAGGGUCUUUUAACAGCCAGCGAAGAAGAUGAACAGCAACAGCACCAGCAACAACAACACGAGCAACAGAGACAAGCCAACCAAUUGCUAUUGGAUUACCAGCUACAGCAACAGUUGACGCAAAGAUUUGCCGAUGCCGAUGAAUUACAAAUGCAGCAACAUCAGCAAACGACUCUGUCAUUGAUACCACUCUCACCUGAAGAUGCUGCGGCUGCUGCCGCCCAACAGCAACAACUGCAACCAACACUGCCUACAUCGCAAACCUCACAAGAUGCUGUCGCCGAGUAUCAACAGCUACAGCAACAGCAUCAACAUUUGGGCCUGGAUCAUGAGUUGAAACAGCACAUACAACAACUGCAACAACAGACAAAUGUACGCCUCCUAAAAGCCGUAGCUGCGGCAGCUGCCAACCAGCAACAACAACAACAGCAGCAGCAACAACAGAACGCUGCUGCCGCUGCAUCAAAUGGGCAACAACAAAACAUCACCAAUGCCAAUGCCAAUUUUGUGUUCAAUGUUGAUGGAAGUGCUGCUGCUAACGACGGUGUUGGCGACAAACCAUCACAGUCCUUACAGCUACUAUUCCAACUGCCACCCGCUGUACAACAUCAACUUCAACAACAACAACACGACCAUCAGUUGGAAGAUGAAGUGGCUGCAACGGCUCAACAACUACAACACCUCAAGCUACAUCACCAGGAGUUGCAGGAUCAAAAGAAACAGCAACAACAACAGUUGAAACGAUUGCAGCAGGAACAGCAGAUGUUGCAGGAUUUGUCACAAGCUGAAAGUCUAAUGCAACAGCAGCAGCAGCAGGAACAUCAACUAACCGAACACCAGCAUUUGCAGCUGCAACAAACAACAUUGGAGCAAACUAGUUUGUUGUUGCAACAACAAGCGGCUCUAGCCCAGCAAGUGCUCAGCCAACAGGUGUUGAAACAGAAGCAACAACAAUUACUUCUUCAGCAACAGCAGCAGCAACAACAACAGCAAUCUACGCAGGUUCAGGUUGCUACACAAACUCAACCAUCUGUUGUUGUACCGCAUCCCAAUGCUGUUCAGACUUCGAGGGGUGUAAAUCAAUUCUGUCCAACUCUGUCAACAAUGGCGGCUACCGUCGAUGUAGGUCUGGGUAGCGUUUGUGCUUUGACGCCUCAGCAACAGCAACAACAACAGCAACAACAAUCGCAACAACAGAUGGCCGUGGCUGCUGCAGCUGCCGCCGCCGCUGCAGUCCAACAGCAACCACAAAUAUCUGCACCAUCCAAUUUGAGUUCAGCAUUCACCCAAGUUGUUGCAAAUGCCUCUGCCGUUCCACCACCCCAAGCAUCAACAAGUGCUGGUGGUGGAAGCGGUAGCGGUGGUGGUGGAGGUAGCAAAAUGCCUGGUGGCAUAGCGAAAAAAGUGAUCGACAAACAAUCGCGCAAGGAACGCAAUCGUUAUUCCCUACUGCGCACUGCAGCUGGAAGUCAAGCCAACGCUGUGGCUCAACAACAGUACCAGCAAACUGUAGCCGCCACCACAGCCCUGGACAAGACGAUUGAUGUUGAUUCCGAAACUGAUUCCAAUCAUGAUACCGCUCUCACAUUGGCCUGUGCCGGUGGCCAUGAAGAACUCGUGGGACUGUUGAUCAAUCGUGGUGCCAACAUUGAGCAUCGCGACAAAAAAGGUUUCACGCCUCUAAUUUUGGCAGCCACUGCCGGUCAUGAGAAAGUUGUGGACAUCUUGCUUAACCACGGCGCUGAUUUAGAAGCCCAAUCGGAGCGGACCAAAGACACACCGUUGUCACUGGCAUGUUCGGGCGGACGUUAUGAAGUCGUUGAGUUGUUACUUAGCGUUGGAGCCAAUAAGGAACAUCGCAAUGUCUCCGACUAUACACCCUUGAGUUUGGCCGCCAGUGGAGGUUACGUGAAUAUCAUCAAACUACUGCUGAGCAAUGGAGCCGAAAUCAAUUCCCGUACUGGUAGUAAAUUGGGUAUUUCUCCGCUAAUGUUGGCCGCCAUGAAUGGCCAUACUGCAGCUGUAAAACUUCUCUUAGAUCAGGGUUCUGAUAUUAAUGCCCAGAUAGAGACUAAUCGUAAUACCGCUUUGACGUUGGCCUGCUUCCAGGGAAGACAUGAAGUGGUCAGUCUACUUUUGGAUCGCAAAGCCAAUGUUGAGCACAGAGCGAAAACGGGACUUACACCCCUUAUGGAAGCAGCAUCCGGCGGUUACAUAGAAGUGGGCCGUGUUUUACUGGACAAAGGAGCAGAUGUUAAUGCUGCACCCGUACCUACCUCUAGGGAUACCGCCUUAACCAUUGCUGCCGACAAGGGACAUUUGAAAUUUGUGGAGCUUUUGCUUUCGCGCGGUGCAGCAGUGGAAGUUAAAAACAAAAAAGGUAACUCUCCCUUGUGGUUGGCAGCCCAUGGUGGCCACCUAAGCGUUGUGGAGAUUUUGUACGCGCACAGUGCUGACAUAGAUUCACAAGACAAUCGACGUGUUUCUUGCCUAAUGGCUGCCUUCCGCAAAGGUCACACCAAAGUGGUCAAGUGGAUGGUUCAAUAUGUCACGCAGUUCCCCUCGGACCAGGAAAUGAAUCGCUUCAUUUCAACAAUAAGCGAUAAGGAACUAUCCGAAAAGUGUUAUGACUGCAUGAAGAUUAUACGCGCUGCUAAAGAAGCCCAAGCCGUGAAGGCAAAUAAAAAUGCAUCCAUUCUUUUGGAAGAACUGGAUAUGGAAAGGUCACGCGAGGAAAGUAGAAGGGCAGCGGCUGCCCGGCGACGUGAACGUAAGAAGAAAAAGAAGAUGGAGAAAAAGGAAGAGAAACGUCGACAAAUGGAGGAGGCAACAGGCUCCGGCGGCGGCGGUGGUGGCCAACGUAAACGCCAACAAAGCCAGGAUGAUGAUGAUGACAAAGACUCAGACAAGGAAGAAGAUUCCGACAAUGAGGAAAACAAUGCUGCCGAUGAAGAUGAUGAACAGCAAAAUGCCCCCAAUUAUCGCGAGGAAGGAGAUUCAGGCAUUGACCAGGGAUCCUGUUCCAGUACCGAUAUUAAAGGUGCUGCGGGUAACAACCAAAGUACUGAUAAAACUGCCACAGGUGGCAAGAGCAAGAACAAAAAGAAAAAUAAACAGCAAGCCCAGCAAAAUACCCGAAAUAGCAGUCCGGUAAUUGAAGAACCUACCAUACCGCCGCCAGCCUCCGCUUCUUCGUCCAACAACAAACAAGCGCAACAGAAAAAGAAGGAAGAUGCCAAAUCGUUAGCUGGCAAUAAAAAAUCCCAAGAUUCGAAUGCCUUGGCCACGUCUAAGACACAAACAACAAGUAACUCGAACAACAAAAAAGCCUCCAAUGCCGCCGCAGUGGAAAACAAACAAAAGGAAGAAACUGUGGUUGCAAAUUCUGCCAAGAACAAAAAAGAUGCAAAUAAACAAAAGGAAAAAGAGAACUUGGCACCCAAGGAAUUACAGACGGCCGCAGGAACGGCCCAUCAACAAUCAGGAACUAACAAUAAACUACAACAGCAGACACAACACAACUCACAACAGGCAAAAACCGAUAAUACUGCGGCAGCAACAGCAGGCGGAAAUCGUAAGUCAUUGGCUGGAAAGAAUACUACUGAAGAACGCAAAGAUAUGUCAGAUAAUAUGUCCAAUGCAUCGGGAGUUACAUAUACCGCUGCGUCGUCGUCAAAUAAAUCUUAUACAAAUGUCGCAGCUCCCAAGAGAGGAGAAGACGGCUGGAAAGAGGUUGUAAGGAAAAGUUCCGCCCAACAGUCUGCAGGCACUGCUCCAUCUUCUUCUUCAGCAGUUACUUCAUCUGCUGCCACUGUGUCUUCGGCCUCCACAAGUAGCACGCAUAGUUCAUCCAUAACCACUUCUGCUACUUCAUCUUCGUCAUCCACCUCAUCAUCGUCGUCGUCCUCAACCUGUAUCACAGUGCCGGGAGUGUCAACAACCACCACAGUUACAUCGACUAUGCCCGAAAUGAUUUGCAAGAAGGUUCAGGUGCCAGUCAAUGCCAUAUCUCGUGUCAUUGGCCGAGCGGGCAGCAACAUCAAUGCCAUACGUGCCACCACCGGCGCCCACAUUGAAGUUGAGAAACAAGGCAAAAAUCAAUCAGAACGUAGCAUCACCAUAAAGGGUCUUACCGAAGCCACCAAACAGGCUCACAUGUUGAUCUUGGCCUUGAUUAAGGAUCCGGAUGUGGACAUUUUACAGAUGUUGCCACGCAUCAACACCACGAUUAAAGCAAAUGUAGUACCACCACCAGUUACCACCCCGCCAGCAUCGUCGGCAUCAAUGGCCUCAUCUAUUGCCACAAUGCAGGUGGGCACUUGGGACAACAAGACUGCAUUACAGGCGUCUGCGACAGGAGGAAAUAUGCAAAACAUGUCAUCGGGUUCAUCCACGUCCUCCUCGGUCUCUUCUACAACUGGCCAGCUAUCCAAUCCCAAGUCAAUUGGUGGCAACAGUGGUGCUAGCAAGAGUAAUGCCGGCAAACUUCAAGGUAUUGUCGGCGGCAGUGGUCCUAAGUCAACAACUAAUCGUACACAACCGGCCAAACCUUUCUAUUCGCAACAAAUCACAACAACUCGAGGCCCUGGUGGCACUGGAGGAGGCAGCGCCAUAGGUGGAUCUCUUGCCAGCAAUCAGGGAAAACACAAGGAUGUCAAUGCUAAAGUGUUAUCGUCGAACUACAACAGCGGCAGUCAAAAAUCGCUUUCGUCUCAACCUGGCAAGGCUACGGCGGCAAUUAACAAUCAAACAUUUGCCGCCAAGCUUUUGACGGGAGCCUCAUCUUCCGUGCCCGCCGGUGGUGUGAGCAAUAUGUCUCCAACCAAAAAAUCCGAAUUGGGCGGUAUACAACGUCCUGGAAUUACAGCUCCCUAUGGAAGGGGCAAGCCAGUGCCCAGUUCUACCAUUCCAAGCCUUGGCAGUGGUCAUUCGCAUACCAAUAACAGCAGCAACAACAACAACACAUUGGCUGGGCCGAUUGGCACAUUUAACGUUGCCGAAGCAGCUGCGGCUGUGGCAGCAGCAAAUGCUGCCGCUGCAGCAGCUAACAGCAACAGUGCUUCCUCUGGCAAUCAUGGUCGUUCCGUAACACCCAUUGGACCACCAAAUAAACAGCGAGCUUCCACACCCACAAGCCAGCAACAACAACAGCAGCAACAGCUGGGUGGUCAACAUCAGCAUCCAUCAUCCUCACAUCAUAUUGGAAACUCGGCAUUGCCCAGCAGCGUAGCUCAGUCAUCGUCCCAGAAUUUGCACAUCAACACCGGAUCACUAGGCAUCGAUGUACCCACAUCAGUAACCACAUCGAUGACAUCCUCGGGCACGUUUGCUACUCAAUUGGCAUCUAAGAUCAGCAGUGAAUAUUCCCUCUUCAAAGACUAUCAAACACAGUGGGGCACAAGCGCCUCGUCGGAUGUCUCACAAGUCUACACCAAUCCAAAUCAAUUAGUCAGUGACAAUCUGCCUCAGGCCGAUGCCUCUAAGGCUCCAGGAUACAAUCGUAACAUCUUAAGCUCCCCCGUGGGCAGCUCAAAGGCCUCAUCAAGCCUUUCGACAACUCCACCAGGUGGUAGCAGCAAUUUAAAUAUGGCCGUAGGAGGAGGAGGUCAACAACAGACUUUGACAAUAUUGCCAGAAACUGGAGUGCCGCCUAUUGGGGUACAAACAGCUCGGUCACCAGGAGCCAUACCGGCAGUAACUGACAUUUCUCCAGCUGCAAAUGUAGCUAAUCAGCAAUCUCCAGCAGCAGCAACGGAUUCCAGUGCUAUUUCUCCAGGGGUAAUUAAGCCUCCUUCUACCGCCGGCUCUGCUAACCAACAGCCACAUCAGCAACAAACAAAUCCACCCUCGAGCAAUACUCAACCAGGAGGACCCCCUCCCAGUGGAUUGGCCAUACAGAGACCCAAUACAAGUGGACAACACCGUUCAAAUCCAACUAGCAGCGGAACUGCUCAGCAGUCGCCACCAUCGAAUGUUUCAGCUAUGGGUGACAAUGCUGUCGGCGGAAAUCCCCAUAAUUUUGGACCCAUUGGAUCGAAUACAUCCAAUCGCACGGCGAAUGCACCCGGAGCCAUUGGUGAACAACCUCGCUUCUAUGACCCAACCGGCCAACUAAAUGUGGCAGCCCAAAUGGGUUACCCCAUGGAUCCUUCUGUAUUGCAGCAGCAAGCUUUCAAUGCCAAUAAUGCUGCCAGGAUGAAUGUACGUGGUGGGGGAUCAGUCUUUGGUGGUGGCCAACAGUCCAGUGCAAAUAAACCACAGCCUCCACAGGCGGCUCAAGCCAUGGGAGCUGCUGGUAUGUAUCAUCCUCAAUCUCAACAGAAUCAAGGACAGCAACAAAAUUCAGCUGUUCAACAACCUAGCGGACCCGGAAACGGGUUUAAUGCCGCACCCGGAAAACCACCCCAUAAUCACAAUCAAAAUCUUGCGCCUCAAAGACCACAGUCUCAACCCCAAGCAGGUCAAACACAAAAUCAACGCUGGUAUGCUGAGUAUGCCGCUUCCGGUGGCUAUGUACCACCCUCAACUAGAGAUAUAUUGAAUUUGGAAAACGGCUCUACUGGACCAGGUUCAAAUUCACCUGCAGCGAUGUCACCCAACCAGGGUGGUGGCGCAGGUGCGGGUUCUGGUAGUGGAGGCGGUGCAGCUAAUGUCAUCAAUCCACCCAUGCUAUUGCAAACACCCCAGCAACAAAUGCAAACCCAGCAACAAUCAAGCGAGGACAUGCGUAAAAUGCCCAGACCCAUCGGUACUGAGAGGGCAUCAUGGAAAUACAAUAAUUAUCCAAAUAUGACCAAUAUGGGCAUGGGUAUAGGUGGUUUGACCGGUGCUGUGGGUCUAAGUGUUGAUGAUACUCUGGCUGCCAUGGCAGCUGCUGCCAGCGGCGGUAUGCCUGGAGGACCGGGAGCAGCAAUGCAUACAGGUCCCCUGCCACCGUGGCUGCUGGGCGCUGCCGCCGAGAAGCAAGCUGCAGCAGCCGCUGUGCAACAACAACAGCAGCAGCAACACCAGGCAAAUUGGAUGAAACAACAAUAUCGUUAUUAUGGCGGUGCUAGUGCAGCUGGCACUAAUGCAGCGGGUUCAAUGGCCGGUUUGACGGGUAUCGGUGGUCCCGGGGAUUAUCAUCAUCAACAAGAUCAAUAUCAUAUGGCGGCUUUGGAUUAUCACAAUAGCAUACAAUCGAUACCACCCUUAAAUCCAAAUCAGAGCAUGAAUGUAAUACCCACAUACCAUGCGACGUAUCAACCAUUUUUAGGUCAUGUCGGUGGUAAUGAUAUGCCCCAUAUGUCCGAUAAGAUCGAAUUGUGGGAUCAUCAUGAAAAACAUACCUGGGCCAGCAAUUGGACCAAUUGAUGAUGCCAACGCAAGAUAAGCCAGUGAAUGGAGAAUCACUCAAAACAAAUAACCACCAACGAUAACAUUUUUAAUAAAAUUCGGAAAACUUUCUAAACACAAUUGUAUCCUCCUCCAGUUAUGACAAAGCUAAACAACAAGUGAAAGGCUAAGCUAAAAAUAGAAAUCAAAACUUCUCGAAACUCCUCGUCGUCAUCGUCGUUGGCGCCACAAAAUAAAAAUCGAUUUGAGAAUGAAUAUUUACGAUAAUAUUAUUAAAAUAUUAUGGCAAGCGAUACUUUCCUCUAAAAAAAAAACAAACAAA